UCCUCGGAUCUUCCAUUUCUCUCCGUUUACUACGCCGCGAAAGUCUCAGUCAUCGAUCGACCAAUUCCGCCUCCGAUCUAUUUUGUGUUUUUCUUCUCAAUUCUUCGUGUAUCUUCGCCAUGAGCGGAGAGGUUUUGGUUUGUCUCGAUGUGUAUUAGCUUGAUCGGAAGGAAUUGGAGGUUUUUUGUCGGAAUUCCGAAGGUUUCUGGGCGGCAGGAUGGCUGCUUUUUUGUUCGUUUUCAUCUUCUCGAUAGCUGUGUUCGUCGCUUUCCUCUGGGCUUUCUUCAAGUCGUUGCCUUGGAUACUUCGAAUUGCUGGGGGAAUAACUCUAACUUAUCGGCUCGAUGGGUGGAUCUGUGUGAAGGAAAUUGUGAUACAGUUAAAAAAGGGUUCAAUUGAGUAUGUAUCUGUCGGAGAAUUUAAAGUGGCCCUUAGACAAUCCUUGGUAGAACUUUGUGCUGGGGCUUUUGUGCAGGAUCCAAAAGUUUUAUUCUCAAUAUGUGACCUGAAAAUUGUAAUGAGACCUUCAAACUCAAGGAAAGGCCCACGUAAUCCCAAAACUCGGAAAUCUCGCUCUGCUGGCAAGGGAAAGUUGGUGCUUGCCGCCAAUAUUGCUAGGUUUUUUUCGGUUUCUGUGACGAAUAUGGUCAUACAGACUCAAAAAGCUACAGCAGAAGUCAAGGAGCUGGAACUUGAUUUAUCUAAGGAUCGGGGAUCAGCAAGUUUUUUCAUGAAGUUGUACAUAGUGCCCAUUCUUGUAAAGAUUGGUGAUCCUCGAGUUUUUUCUACCCAGUCAUUUGAGACAAACAGUGACAUCUGUCCUCCAAACCAUACAAGUCCCGCCAUUAUAGAGAGUUCUUCACCUUCUUUUUGGUGUCAAAAGCUCUCCUUAUCGUGUGAAUUUGCUCAUAACAGACAAUCAAGUGCAAGCAUAAAGAACGUGGAAGUUGACCUUGGUGAUGCUGUUUUUAACCUUAAUGAGAAGAUGCUGUCCAAAAGGAAGACCUCGUCCAGUUCUUCUUCCACUGGUGAAGUUGAUGGAUCAAAUCCUAACUAUGCAGCUGUUGAAAAGCCUCAAAAGCAACCAGCUGCUGUAUCACUCUCAAAGCAUGCUUCAAAUUUUCCUGAAAAGGUUUGCUGUGGGUUAACAAAGCUUGAUGUCAGAUUUGUAAAUCAAGAACAUGGUUUUGCUAUUGAGAAUAGCAUAACAGGCUUUCAGUUGAGAAGCGACAAAUCCCGAUCCCGUGAAGAGGCUAAGGAAGAUACAUGUCUUGAUGUUGUAAUAGAACUCCACGAGAUUCAUUGUUUUAGAGAUUCUGGAACUUCAGUCUUGGAGAUGACGAAAGUUGGGUUUGUUUCCAAGGUCUAUUGUCCAGUGCAGGACCAGGCAUCUUCUUGUGUUAAAGCUGAGGUUGAGAUUACGUUGGGAGGUGUAGUGAGCAACAUCAUAAUGACCCGUUUUGAGCCAUUGUUGCGCCUACAUUUCUCUAGAAAGAAAAAGAUGGUUCUUAAAGAGGAAAAACCUAAAACUAUGAAAUCAGAGUCCAAUGGUCUGAAAGGUAUUACGUGGAAAUGUUCUAUCUCAGCGCCUGGCAUGGCUGUCGUGCUGUAUGAUGUUGGAAGUUCUCCUUUAUACCGGUGUUGCUUAGAAUCAUUGCAUGUCACUGCAAAUGAUUCGUCAAACACAGGAACUGGAGUACAGAUGGAGCUAAGUGAACUGAUUCUAUGCGUGGUAGAUGAAAAUCAGGGAUGCUUGAAAGAAAGCCUUUUUGGUUUAGAUUCAAGACCGGGUUCCCUAAUCAUUAUAAGAAAGGUCAGACUAGAUUGGGGCAAGAAGGAUUGGGUGUUAUCUGAGGAAGAUGGUAAUAAAAGUAAGCCAGUUUUGGGAGUUGAUGUGUCGGGUAUUGACCUUUUCUUUUCUUUCAAGAGGCUUGAAUCGCUUAUAGUAACUGCAAUGUCAUUCAAGGCUCACAUUAAAAGUUUAUCUGGUCCCAAUGAGAAGAAAACACAAGACAAAGGAACACAUAAAUCCAAGUCGUCAGGCAAAGGGGCUCAACUCUUGAAACUCAACAUAGAUUAUUGCACUGUGAAUAUGUCUGGUGAUACAGGCCUGGAGAAUACAAUCAUCGAAGAUCCAAAGCGUGUCAAUUAUGGUUCACAAGGUGGUAGAGUUGUCAUUAGUGCCCUAACUGAUGGCUCCCCACGAACUGCCAGCAUUUUCAGGGAUGUUCCUAAGGAGUGUGAGAAGUUGAAAUACUUGAUGUCUUUUGAAUUAUUUAAAUUGAGUUUUACUCUUAAUAAGGAGAAACAGUCAACACAGGUGGAACUUGAAAGAGCUAAAACUGUCUAUCAGGAAUUUCUUGAAGAACCUCAUGCAGUUUCGAGAGUGACUCUAUGUGACAUCCAAAAUGCUAAGUUUGUACGCCGGAUUGGUGGCCUUAAGGAAAUUGCUAUCUGUUCACUUUUCAGUGCCUCUAAUAUUGCUGUCAGAUGGGAACCUGAUGCACACAUUUCAAUGGUCGAGCUUGGUUUACGUCUGAAGUCUGUGGUACAGGCUCAGAAACUUCAGCAACAUGGCGAUGGAAAACCAGAAGAUGGUUCUACUGCUAGAGAUGAUGGACAGAAGAAAGAUGCAAUCAGUGUCUCGAAUUCUGUUGAUAAGCAAAAGAAAAAGGAAUCCAUAUUUGCUGUUGACGUGGAGAUGUUAAGCAUAUCUGCUGAGGCUGGAGAUGGGGUUGAAGUUGAGGUACAGGUUCAGUCAAUUUUCUCAGAAAAUGCGCGUAUAGGAGUUCUCCUUGAAGGACUCACGCUUGGUUUUUGUGGAUCGAGAAUAUUCAAGAGUAGUCGGGUACAGAUAUCACGAAUACCUAGUAUGCCCUCUGCUUCAUCCAAUGCAACAAGAGUUGCCAGCACUCCAUGGGAUUGGGUAAUUCAAGGACUUGAUAUACAUAUAUGCAUGCCCUUUAGGCUACAGCUGCGUGCUAUUGAUGAUGCUGUUGAAGAAAUGCUGAGAGCUUUGAAGCUUAUAAUUAACGCCAAGACUAGACUCAUCUUUCCAGUUAAAAACGAGAGCACAAAACCUAAAAAACCUGGGUCUGCAAAAUUUGGCCGUGUUAGAUUGUGCAUUCGCAAGCUUAUAUUUGAUAUUGAGGAAGAACCAAUUCAGGGUUGGCUUGAUGAGCAUUAUCAUCUUAUGAGGAAAGAGGCUUGUGAGCUAGCUGUACGGUUGAAAUUCUUAGAUGAAUUCAUUUCCAGAGGAAACCAGCUUCCUAAGAGUGGAGGAGUUGAUGCAAACGACGAACGGAAGAUUUCUUUUGAUGGAGAAGAAAUUGACAUCCAGGAUACUUCCGUUAUCCAAAUGAUGAAAGAAAAGAUGUAUAAACAGUCAUUCAGUUCAUAUUACAAGGAAUGCCAAAGUUUAGAACCUUCAGAAGGUUCAGGUGCCUGUAAAGUGGGAUUUCAGGCUGGUUUUAAGAUGAGCACUUCCAGGACUUCUCUUCUAUCUGUUUCUGCUACAGAUUUUGAUCUAACCUUGAUAGCUAUUGAUGGAGAUGAAGCUGGGAUGAUAGAAGUGGUAAAGAAGCUCGAUCCUAUAUGUCAAGAGAAUGACAUACCAUUUUCUCGGCUGUAUGGGAGCAACAUUCGGUUGACCACUGGCACUCUUGUUGUUCAGUUAAGAAAUUACUCAUUUCCUCUUCUCUCAACAACCUUGGGAAAAUGUGAAGGCUGUGUUGUACUGGCCCAGCAGGCAACGGCUUUUCAGCCCCAAAUCAUCCAAGAUGUAUAUGUAGGAAGAUGGAGAAAGGUGCAGAUGUUUCGUUCAGCUAGUGGCACUACUCCACCGAUGAAAACAUACUUGGAUUUGCCGGUAUAUUUUGAGAAAGGAGAACUCUCCUUUGGAGUUGGAUAUGAACCAGUUUUCGCUGACAUUAGCUAUGCUUUUACGGUGGCUCUUCGUAGAGCCAACCUCAGUCUCAAGGGUCCUGGCCUUCCUCAGCCUCCCAAAAAGGAGAAAAGCUUGCCAUGGUGGGAUGAGAUGAGAAAUUAUAUCCAUGGAAAUACAGCCUUAUUCUUCUCGGCAACAAAGUGGAUUGUUCUUGCUACUCCCGACCCCUAUGAAAAGCAUGACAAGCUUCAAAUGACCUCUGCUUCUAUGGAAAUGUGGCAAUCAGAUGGUCGUAUUUACUUUUCAGCCGAGGAUAUAAAAAUCUUUACAAGUAGUCUUGAAUGUUUGGCUAGAAAUUACUUGAAUGCUCCGACUGGUCCAUCAAGUUACCCUUUCCUUCAGGCUCCACGUUUCAGCCUUGAAGUUAGGAUGGAUUGGGAAUGUGACUCUGGAAGUCCAUUAGAUCACUAUUUAUUUGCUUUGCCUGUUGAAGGGAAGGCUCGAGAUAAGAUCUAUGAUCCAUUCAGGUCUACUUCUCUCUCGCUUCGCUGGGACCUUACUUUCAGACCUGAGAAACAUUCCCCACAUGUCUCUGCGGCUGAUCAAUCAGUUGCAAGUGCAACAACCAAAGGAUCACAUACUAAGUCUGGGAAUAUGUGUAGUCCUCUUCCCACAAUAAACAUUGGUGCUCAUGAUUUAGCAUGGGUGAUCAGAUUCUGGAACAUGAAUUAUCUCCCUCCUUACAAGCUCCGUACUUUCUCCCGGUGGCCUCGCUUUGGAGUUCCAAGAAUUGCCAGAUCAGGAAAUUUGUCUCUGGACAGAGUGAUGACAGAGUUUAUGCUCCGCAUCGAUAUUACACCUAUCUCUAUAAAGCACAAACCACUGGAUCCCAGUAAUUCUGCCAGUGGCUUGGUGUUUAAUGUCUCGAAGUUGAAAUAUGACCUCUGUUUUAGCCGUGGGAAGCAGAAAUUCACUUUCGAAUGCAAGCGUGACACUCUUGAUCCUGUAUACCUGGGUUUAGAUCUUCAUUUACCUAAGGCCUUUAUCAGAAGGGAUGAUGAUUCAUCAAAACCAGUUCAGAUGUCCAGGGUAGGUUCACAAUCUGGAUCAGCAGAUAGAGCAACUCCUGAAAAUUCCGAGUAUAUCAAUGGUUGCAUGGAGAAGCAUCCUGAUGAUGGGUUUCUGUUUUCAUCUGAUUAUUUCACAAUCAGGAGGCAGGCCCCCAAGGCUGACCCAGAAAGAUUGUUGGCAUGGAAAGAAGAAGGAAGAAAAUAUCAUGAAAGAGUGGAUGCAAGAUCUACUGCUGAACGGGGAAGUGAAACUGAGGAUCCUACUAAUUCAGAUCCAAGUGAUGAUGAUGGAUACAAUAUCGUGAUAGCUGACAAUUGUCAGCGUGUUUUCGUUUAUGGGCUCAAAUUGUUGUGGAACAUAGAAAACAGAGAUGCUGUUUUAUCAUUUGUCGGUGGUAUGUCAAGAGCAUUUCAACCUCCCAAGCCUUCCCCAUCACGUCAGUAUACUCAGAGAAAGUUGCUUGAGGACAAUCAAAAGCAUUCUGAAUCAGUAGUUUCUCAAGAUGGCCCCUCCAACCCUCUUUCCUCAGGCAGUAGCAACCCCGCUCCUCAAUCUGUGGAAACCCCAGAUCUACUUUCAUCCUCAUCAGAUCCAAACAAAAAUGAGAUCUUGACAUCUGUUCCAGAUGUCCUAGCAAAAUCUGGGAAUUCAAAUGGCUCUGAAGAAGGUGGAACGCGGCAUUUUAUGGUGAACGUUAUUGAGCCACAGUUCAAUCUCCACUCCGAAGAAGUGAAUGGUAGGUUUUUGCUUGCUGCUGCUAGUGGUCGUGUUCUAGCACGAUCAUUUCAUUCAGUCAUUCGUGUUGGGUGUGAUAUGAUUGAAAAGGCUAUUCAAGGUGAAAAUAAUGAUAAUCCUGAAAGUAGUGCUGAAAUGACAUGGACACGCAUGGAAUUGUCCAUGAUGCUGGAGCAUGUACAAGCUCAUGUUGCGCCUACUGAUGUUGACCCAGGAGCCGGAAUUCAAUGGCUCCCGAAGAUUAGAAAGAGAAGUUCCCCAAAAGCAAAGCGUACUGGUGCACUGCUUGAAAGGGUUUUCAUGCCUUGUGAUAUGUACUUCCAGUAUGCCAGGCACAAAGGUGUGACUCCUGACCUGAAGGUAAAGCCGUUAAAGGAGCUUACUUUCAAUUCUCGUAAUAUAACAGCAUCAAUGACAUCACGUCAAUUUCAAGUUAUGCUGGAUGUUCUGAGCAAUCUUUUGUUUGCAAGGCUACCAAAGCUUCAGAAAGACAGUUUGCAACUUUCUGGUGAAGAAGAUGAUGAUGUUGAAGAGGAAAUUGACGAGGUGGUUCCUGAUGGUGUUGAGGAAGUGGAGCUAGCGAAAAUUGAAGUUGAACAGAAAGAGCGGGAGCGUAUGUUGCUUCUUGAUGACAUCAGAAAAUUAUCUCAGCAUUGCAGUACCUCUGGAACUCAAAAUCUUGACAAGGAAGAAGAUUUUUGGAUGAUCGCUGGUGGAAGACCCGAGUUGGUGCAAGGGCUGCAGAAAGCGCUCUUGAGUGUGCAACAAUCCAGGAAUGCGGCAUACACUGCACUGCAUACUGCUGUGCAGAACGCUGCUGAACUGAGGCUGUUGGAGAAAGAUAAAAGCAAAAAACCAUCUUCAGCCAUGCGUAUUUCCUUCCAAAUCAACAAGGUCAUCUGGAGUAUGCUUUUAGAUGGAAAAACAUUCACCGAGGUUGAGAUAGACAAUAUGAUUUAUGAGUUUGACCGGGAUUACAAAGACAUUGGAGUUACCCAAUUCACAACUAGAUACGUUGUCUUGCGGAACUGUCUGCCUAAUGCCAAGUCUGAUACUGUUCUGUCGGCUUGGAAUCCUCCACCCGAAUGGGGCAAGAAAGUAAUGCUGCGAGUAGAUGCAAGACAAGGAGCUCCAAAAGACGGACAGGCUCCUUAUGAACUUUUCCAGGUUGAGAUUUACCCUCUAAAAAUCCAUUUGACGGAGACAAUGUACAGAAUGGUGUGGGAGUAUCUCUUCCCAGGAGAGGAGCAACAUUCACAGCGAAGGGAGGAAGUCUGGAAGGUCUCGACAAUUGCAGGAUCAAGACGAAGGAAGGGUUCUUUUGCUCAAGAAACUUCGGCUUCAAUCUCUGCAUCUGAUUUGACCCAUGGAUCGAAGACUCAAAACCCGAAGUCUAGCACAAUUCGCGGGUCUGGACCUGAGUUGAGAAGAACCUCUUCUUUUGACAGGACAUGGGAGGAGAAUGUGGCUGAAUCUGUAGCUAAUGAGCUCGUCUUAUCUUCCAUCGAGCAACAAAACGAUUCCUCAAAAAACAAGCUGAAAGAUUCAAAAACAGCCAAGGCUGGACGGUCAGUUCAUGAAGAAAAGAAGACUGAGAGACCAUUAGAAGAAAAGAAAACUAGACCCAAAAAGAUUAUGGAGUUCCAGACAAUCAAGAUCAGUCAGGUGGAACUCUUGAUCACAUAUGAGGGCUCAAGAUUCGUUGUGAGUGAUAUGAAACUGUUGAUGGAUACAUUCCAUCGUGUUGAGUUCAGUGGCACAUGGAGGAGACUCUUCUCUCGAGUUAAAAAGCACAUCAUAUGGGGAGUCCUCAAGUCUGUGACCGGGAUGCAAGUUAAGAAAUUCAAAGACAAAACCCAUGUUCCGGAGGAUGAUCUAGCUUUGGCAGUGAAAGACCAGCCCGGUAGCUCAGAUCAGUAUCCAGGAACAUGGGUGAAGCGCUCUGGUGACAACGCUGGUGAUGGCUUUGUUACCUCCAUCCGGGGUCUCUUCCACACCCAAAGACGCAAGGCCAAGAAGUUUGUGCUCCGAACUAUGAGAGGAGAAAUAGACGAGAGCUUCCCGGGGGAAUGGAGCGAUAACGAAGCAGAAUUAUCUCCCUUUGCUAGACAGUUGACGAUCACCAAAGCCAGGAAACUCAUCCGGCACCACUCUAAGAAAUUCCAGACCCAAAGGCAUAAAGGUUCUAAGGAGGAGGAUUCGCCUUCUUCGUCUCCAAAGGAAGCAGGCACAUAUGAAUCUGACUCUUCAAGUGGAUCUUCAGUUUACGAAGAGUUCCUUCAGCAGAAUCAAAUUUAAGAUUUAUAGAAACCAAAGUUUUGACCUUUUUGCCUCCUCUUUCCUUUUUGUCCUCCAAUAAAAAAACAAGUGUAGAUUAGCAGAAAGAUUUUGCAGAUUAUUAUCCCAUCUUUAUAAUAUAUACGGA